AUGGAUCCCAAUAGACCUAAACAAGAACAACAAAAACCAGUUCAUCAACAACAAAGACGUUCAAUUGUUGAAGGCAUGGCACGUACAGCACCAACUUGUGCUGCUUUCGUCCAAGCAAUAGGUCUCUUUCGUGAAGUCAAUACAACUAGUGAAAUAUUUUCAUUAACAGAAGAAGAAAUGGCAACAACAAAAUCUAUACACACUAAUUCAACACAUAAUAGUUCAACAAGAAGACCAUCAAGUCCAACAGGAGGAUUUAUUGAAAAACCACAAGCUAUUGCACGACGUGGUGCUUUAAGACAAAAAAAUGUUUAUACAGUUAAAAAUCAUCAAUUUAUUCCAAGAUUUUUUAAAACACCAACAUUUUGUUCUCAUUGUCGAGAUUUUAUUUGGGGCUUUGGCAAACAGGGUUUUCAAUGUCAAAUUUGUUCUCUUGUUGUUCAUAAGCGUUGUCAUGAAUUUAUUUGUUUUACUUGUCCUGGUGUUGAUAAAGGAGCUGAUUCUGAUGCACCAAGAAAUAAUCAUAAAUUUCAAACACAUACAUAUACUUCACCAACAUUCUGUGAUCAUUGUGGAUCUCUUUUAUAUGGUCUCAUACAUCAAGGUCUUAAAUGUCAAUGCUGUGAUAUGAAUGUUCAUGAAAAAUGUCGAAAAUUGGUACCAGAUUUAUGUGGACUUGAUCAUACAGAACGUCGUGGUCGAAUACGUUUAAAUGUUAAAUAUGAACAUGAAAAUAAAUUAGUUAUUGAAAUAAUUGAAGCUAGAAAUUUAAUUCCAAUGGAUCCAAAUGGUUUAAGUGAUCCAUAUGUUAAAAUAAAAUUAAUUCCAACAACACCAGAUGUAACAAAAAAACAAUUACAAAGUAAAUAUAAAACAAAAACAGUACGUGCUACAUUAAAUCCACAAUGGCUUGAAAAAUUUACAAUUGAUUUAAAUGAUGAUGAUAAAGAUAAACGAUUAUUAAUUGCUGUUUGGGAUUGGGAUCGAACAUCGAGAAAUGAUUUUAUGGGUUCACUUUCAUUCGGUGUUUCGGAAUUAUUGAAAGAAUCAGUUCAAGGUUGGUUUAAAUUAUUAAGUCAAGAAGAAGGAGAUUUUUAUGCAGUACCUGUACCUAGUGAAGAUGGUAUAAGUAAAAUGCGACAUUCUAUUGGAAGACAAAAAUCCGAACAUCCAUCACGUAUACCAUCAGAUGAUUUAGGAAUAGAUGCUUGCGGAAAAUCAUCAGGACGUCCAAUAUCUCAUAUAGAAUCUAUUAAAGAAACAGAUUUUCAUUUUAUUAAAGUACUUGGCAAAGGAUCAUUUGGUAAAGUUGUUUUAGCUGAACGUAAAGGAGUACCCGAAGAAUUAUAUGCAAUAAAAAUAUUAAAAAAAGAUAUUGUUGUACAAGAUGAUGAUGUUGAAUGUGUUAUGAUUGAAAAACGUGUAUUAUUAUUACAAGAUAAACCAAGAUUUCUUGUACAACUUCAUUCUUGUUUUCAAACAGAAGAUCGAUUAUUUUUUGUUAUGGAAUUUGCUAAUGGUGGUGAUCUUAUGUAUCGAAUACAACAUGAAGGAAAAUUCAAAGAACCAGUUGCUUGUUUUUAUUCGGCUGAAAUUGCAGUUGGCCUCUUUUAUCUGCACAACAAGGGAGUUAUUUAUAGAGAUCUAAAACUGGAUAAUGUUCUAUUGGAUAGAGAAGGACAUAUUAAAAUAGCUGAUUUUGGAAUGUGUAAAGAAGGAAUAAUAAAUGAUGUUAAAACAUCAACAUUUUGUGGAACACCAGAUUAUAUUGCUCCAGAGAUUAUUUUAAAUCAAAAAUAUGGUAAAAGUGUUGAUUGGUGGGCAUAUGGUGUUUUACUUUUUGAAAUGCUUGCUGGUCAACCACCAUUUGAUGGUGAAGAUGAAGAAGAACUUUUUACAACUAUUAAAGAUCGUAAUGUAUCUUAUCCAAAAUCAAUGUCAUUCGAAUCUGUGAAUAUUUGUAAAGGAGUAUGUGAAUUCUUUUUUUCAAGAAUUUUGAUAUUUUUUAAAAGUUAAAUAUUAUUCUAUUUAUUAAAAUUUAUUGUAUUUUGUAAAUAGAAAGAAUAGAACCCUAAAAGAAAAAAACUUAAUCGAAUAUGAUUAAAUGAUGAAUUUUUUUGUAUGAUCUUCAGAAUGAAUUGACAUAGAGAAUUAAAGGUUGAGAGAGUAUAAAUUUAAACGCAUACGUUUUUAGUCAUUACAACUGAAUUGAAAUUAUUAAAAACCUAAUGUUAGAGCGAGUUGCGAAAUAUCGAGUGGUCACCAUUGACAUAAAGAGACUAAUAAAAAGGGAAAAAUCAUAGUGUACACGUCUGUUAUUAUAGUGUUGUUGAGUAUGUAUUUAUUUGAAGGAUGCUGUUGGCAUUGUUUAUAAGUUUAAUUAUAGGUUUGUACGUUAUGAAUCUCUAGGAAAGAGUUCGUGCCCUUAGCACUGUGGAGAUACUACAUUUUAUGUGCACUUUUUAAAUGAAUGUCGUAAUCCACAUUAGGAAAAUUGAGUUUCGUAUUUCAACUUGAAAUUUGUAUGAAGACAGGUUUUAAUAAGAGUAGUUCAUUGUGAAAGUUUCAAAUCUUUUGAUUUGCUGUUAUCCUGAAGUACGAACAUCGAAUCUGUCGAUGUCUAUGAGCAAAAUAAAAGACAAGCGCUUAUUAUAAUUGUAUUUUAGAAUAGGAACAACAAAAAGAUUUGAAACUUUUACAAUAAACUAUUCUCGUUAAGGCCU